AUGUUUUCUUGCUUUGCCAGGACCGUCCGCUGCUCUGAGUCAUGUGGUGUUUGUAAGGAUGAUGCAAAGCCACCCCGGUGCUCACUGCUGUCAAUUCCCCUCCGCUUCUCCUGUCCCACCAGGCCCGCGUGCCACCGGCCCACCCGUGAGCCAGAGCGUGCCCAUCACCAAAUCUGGGCUUUUCCAGAGGUGGCAAAUGAUGUGCUGACCAGCCUGCCAGGAGCCAGCAUUACCCUGACUUGCCCAGGUGGGGAAGCGGGGGACAAUGCCACCGUUCACUGGGUGCUCAGGAAUCAGGUCACAGGUUCACGCCAAGGCAGAUGGGCUGGCGUGGGAAGGAGGCUGCUUCUGAGGUCUGUGCUGCUCAACGACUCUGGAAACUAUUCGUGCUACGAGGACGGCCGCCCAGCUGGAAGUGUGCGUUUGCUGGUGGAUGUUCCCCCCGAGGAGCCCCAGCUCUCCUGCUUCCGGAGGAGCCCCCUCAGCAACGUGGGUUGUGAGUGGAGUCCUCGGAGUCCCCCGUCCCCGACCACGAAGGCCGUGUUAUUGGUGAGGAAGUUUCCGGUGAAAGACUUCCAGGAGCCGUGCCAGUACUCCCCGGAGUCGCAGCAGUUCUCCUGCCAGUUGGCAGUCCCAGAGGGAGACAACUCUUUGUACGUCGUGUCCCUGUGUGUCUCCAACAGUGCUGGGAGCCAGUCCAGCAGACCCCAAACAUUUGAGGGUUAUGGAAUCUUGCAGCCUGACCCACCUGUCAAUGUCACGGUCACCGCCGUGGACAGAAACCCCCGCUGGCUCAGCGUCACCUGGCAAGACCCCCCUUCCUGGAACUCAUAUUUCUACAGGUUACAGUUUGAGCUCCGAUACCGGGCUGAACGAUCAAAGACAUUCACAAUGUGGAUGGUCAAGGAGCUCCAGUAUCACUGCAUCAUCCACGACGCCUGGAGUGGCAUGAAGCACGUGGUGCAGCUUCGGGCCCAGGAGGAGUUUGGGCAUGGCUUAUGGAGUGAGUGGAGCCAGGAGGUCACGGGAGUCCCUUGGACAGAAUCCAAGAGUUCUCCAGCUGAGACUGAGCUGCCCCCUUCCACGCAGGCACCUACUACUAAUGAAGAUAAUGAAAAUAUUUUCUCCAAAGAUUCUGCAAAUGCAACAAGCCUCCCAGUGCAAGAUUCUACUUCGGUACCACUGCCCACCUUCCUGGUGGCUGGAGGAAGCCUGGCCUUCGGGACGCUCCUCUGUAUUGGCAUUGUCCUGAGGUUCAAGAAGACGGGGAAGCUGCAGGCUCUGAAAGAAGGCAAGACGAGCGUGCACCCGCCGUAUUCUCUGGGACAGCUGGUCCCUGAGAGGCCCAAGCCCACCCCAGUGCUUGUACCCCUCAUCUCCCCGCCGGUGUCCCCCAGCAGCCUUGGGUCUGACAACACCUUGAGGACUAGCCGACCGGAUGCCAGUGGCCCUCGGAGACCUUAUGACGUCAGCAACGGAGACUACUUCUUUCCCAGAUAG